AAUAGACAUGUAGCAGUCCAUCUCUUUAGCAUGUAAAUGUAUAGCAACAACAUCAUACAGAGUCCUAAUAUUCCAAAUUAAUGACUGACGCCAACGCCAGUGACAGUCAUGUCCGAGCCACACUCUGCAUCACAUUAAAAACGUAACAAUUCUAAUUUUCUACAUCAACUGGUAGUAUUUUUAAGGUAAUUGUUGAUGUUAUUUUAGGAUUUUUUACGCCAAACCAUCAAAGAACUGGGUUUAUUACACACUCGUGUAGCAAAAACUGAUAGCCUUUGUAAGGCAAUUGUUAUUCGAGUCUCUUGAAAUGUCAUUUUAGGAUUUUCGACGCCAAACCAACAAAGAACUUCGUUACAUUAUAAAACACUCGUGUAGCUAAAACCUGCGCUAAAAUGUUUUUAAUUCUACUCGUCGUCUUCAUCUUGCUCCUGAUUAUUUUGGCCGUACUACAAAAUCGAAGUCACAAAGUGUUCUUUGAAUCUCAAGGAAUUCCAUACCUCGGCCAUGGCAUGCUUCGCCUCAUCAUCAAUACGCUUAGAGGGAUCACUAUCAACGAAGAUGUUCGAAAUCAGUACGCAAAAUUUAAAGCGGAAAACCACAAAAUGGCCGGUGGAAAAGAUUUCGGAACCGUGGCCCUCAUGAUACUCGAUCCUGAACUGCUGAAGUCCAUCCUGGUGAAAGAUUUUGACCAUUUUACUGACCGUCAAACCUUCCCGAUGGCGGAAGACGAUUUCCUUCUGAAUAAAAUGGUGUUAACUCAAAAAGGCGACAAAUGGAAGUCGUUGAGAUCAAAGUUAAGUCCGACAUUUACGACGGGCAAGAUUAAGCGAUUGUUUCCCCUGUUCAACGAAAGUGGGAAAAGGAUGGCAAAAUUUGUCGAACAGGAAAUAUCAAGAAAUGGUGAAGAGAUAGAUUUGACCUUAAUUUACUCAAAGUUCACGAUGGAAGUUAUCGCCACGGCGGUUUGUGGGAUGGACUCGCAAGCUUUCGCCUCCAAGGACCCGUCCCUUUUUGAAAAAAUGGGAGCAAGAUUGCAGUUCUCGUUCGGAAUUUUUAAAGUUAUCCAACUAAUCUUAAUCUUAAUGGCGCCCAAGUUAGCGAAUCUCUGUAGAAUGUCGUUAUUGGAGAGAGAUGUUCAAGACUUUUUCGCUUUGGCGAUAAAGAGUUCCAUUCAUGACCGUCAAGCAAAGAACGAGAAGAGGAACGACUUCAUCCAGUUGAUGUUGGAGGCGAGGGAGGGGAAGUUGAAAACGGAAGAAAGUGAAUUGUCCUCGUUUGAAAAGGACGCUAUCAUCAAAGAAGACAAAUCUUCGGAGGAGUCAAAAAUUUCGGCAAGCGAAUUAUUGAAUGAUGACGUUAUCGCUGCAAAUGCGGUGCUUUUUAUCCUCGGUGGAUAUGAUACGACGCAGUCGGUUUUGCUCUUUUGUGCUUAUGCCCUCGCUUUAAAUCCAGACGUCCAGGAGAAAUUGAGGGCGGAAGUGGACACUGUACUUGAGGAAAAUGAUUACGAAUUUUCAUACGAUUCUCUCAACAGGAUGACGUACCUUGAGAUGGUUAUUAAUGAAACGCUAAGGUUUUACCCACCAAUGCUGACGGAUCGGGGUUGUACAAAAGAGUAUAAGAUUCCUGGAACUGAGUUCGUCCUCAAAAAAGGUCAAGGCAUCAUAAUUCCAGUUUAUGGGCUACAUCACGACGCAGAGUAUUUCCCAGAACCUGAAAAAUUCGAUCCGGAACGAUUUUCCCCAGAAAAUAAAGCUAAAAUUAAUCAGUAUGCAUAUAUCCCUUUUGGCGUUGGACCCAGAAAUUGCGUCGGAAUGAGAUUUGCUCUGGCCGAGGUGAAAGCUGCAAUUUCUCAUUUGGUUCAUAACUUUCAUAUUGAGCCAUCAAAGAAAACGAAGAUUCCUGUGAAGUUCACGACGACCACAGUGCUUAAACCGGUGGGGGGCAUGUUUCUUGCCCUUCGUAAAAUUCAGCAUUAAGUUACACACUCACAAUGUAGUAUUACAUGAGAAAUUAAUGACGAGGAUCUUAAAAAGAAAGACGAUCUUUCACGUAAUUCCUUCUUUCCUUUGUAUGUAUCAGUAUCACCACAAAUUCACAAUUUAGGAAACCCUGAAAGUUCUUCCUUGUUUUUAAAAAUUAAAUUCCAACAGCUUAAGUUACGAACCUACCUAUACAAGUUGUAUAAAUAACUGCCAAUAAAUCAUGUCGAUAAGCUGUCAAGAAAACCGAUUAAUAUUAUUUAGCAGGAUUCCGUCCUAGUCAUGAAUUCUUGAAAAUUUAUUUUUUGUAAUGAAUUUCUGUCAAAAGUUGAAUCAGUCCUUGGACUUGAAUAUGUGGUCCAUUACAAAUUGUGAGAAUGUGGAUUGUGGGUUUUCACCAAUUUUCAUAGAGCUAAUGCAUAUGUACGUAUAUUUAUAUUAAACCCUUAGAAUAAUCAAGGAAAAAUCAGUGGUAAAUAAACUAACAAACAGUUAUAAAGUA